CUGCAGCCAUGGGCUCGACGCGCAGCUAGACCGUUAGCUCCAGCGCAACUUUUCUUUUUCUCGAAUAUCCAACGCGCUUGGACAUGGCCCUCAAAAGUCUGGACAGCAUCGAUCUGUCAUCCCUCAGGGACCCAGUGGGAAUUUUUGAGCUGGUAGAAGUGGUCGGAAAUGGAACCUACGGCCAAGUUUAUAAGGGACGACAUGUUAAGACAGGUCAGCUGGCAGCAAUUAAGGUGAUGGAAGUCACCGAGGAUGAAGAAGAUGAAAUCAAAAUGGAAAUCAACAUGCUAAAGAAGUAUUCUCAUCACAGAAACAUUGCUACUUACUAUGGUGCAUUUGUCAAGAAGAGCCUGGCAAAUGAGCAUCAUCAGCUUUGGUUGGUAAUGGAGUAUUGUGGGGCUGGCUCUGUUACAGAUUUGGUUAAAAAAACCAAGGGGAACUGCCUGAAAGAAGAUUGGAUUGCCUAUAUCUGCAGGGAGGUGUUGAGGGGACUGUCACAUCUUCACUCACAUCAUGUGAUCCACCGAGAUAUCAAAGGCCAGAAUGUCUUGCUGACAGAAAAUGCAGAAGUGAAACUUGUUGACUUUGGAGUCAGCGCACAGCUUGAUCAGACCAUUGGUCGGAGGAACACUUUCAUUGGUACACCAUACUGGAUGGCUCCUGAGGUCAUUGCUUGUGAUGAGAAUCCUGAUUCCACCUAUGACUACAGAAGUGACUUGUGGUCCCUGGGUAUUACUGCUCUAGAAAUGGCAGAAGGAGCACCUCCUCUUUGUGAUAUGCACCCCAUGAGAGCUCUUUUCUUAAUUCCCAGAAAUCCUCCUCCAAAACUGAAAUCCAAAAAAUGGUCCAAGCGUUUUCUUACAUUUGUUGAAAGUUGUCUAGUGAAAAAUUAUAUUCAUCGUCCAUCUACCGAAACCCUCCUGCGUCACUCCUUUGUUAAAGACCUGCAAAAUGACCGACAGAUACGAAUCAUGCUCAAGGACCACAUGGACAGAACAAAAAAGAAGAAAGGUGAUAAGGAGGAGACUGAAUAUGAGUAUAGUGGAAGUGAGGAAGAGACGGAAGAAGUGAAUGAAGAAGAUGGAGAACCAAGCUCUAUCGUUAACCUUCCUGGAGAGUCAACAUUGCGUCGGGAGUUCUUACGACUACAGCAAGAAAAUAAGAACCGAGCUGAGUUACAGCGCCAGCACCUGGACUUACAGAAACAGCAGAAGGAUCAGGAGAGAUACAAGAAGCAGGUGUUGGCUGAGCGGCAGAAACGGAUUGAGCAGCAGAAGGAGCAAAGGAGGCGGCUGGAAGAUCAGCGUAAGCAGCAUCUAGAAGCAGGCUUUCAGUGGCCAGAGCUGCAAGAGAUGCUCUGGGGGGAAGAAAGCAAGGAUGAAAAAACUUUCCUGGAGGAGGAACGACAGAGAUUCCUAGAGAUGCAGAAAAAAAAUGAAAAGAAACAGUUGGAAGACACAAGAAGACUGAAAACUCAAUUUGAAGGACAAUCGCCCACCUGUCAGAAACAAAUGGCUGAAGAAAGAACACAGACAAUUGAGAACAGUUUAUCCAAUUUGAAUCUUCUUGUGCAAGGAUCCUCUUUGCAUUUACAAAGUAGGCUUUCCUCUGGAAGCAGCUCUAGUCCUUGCACUCCAGCACUGAAGAGAGGUGUAUGUCCACAGAAUGCCAAUUUACGAUCUAGCCGAGAAAGCCAGCACAGUAGUUCCUUGUCGGAUAUGGUGGUGAGCCCCGUGUCCCCCAGUGAGGAUGAUGUCUUCUGGGAUAUGCCACAGAAUCAUGAGGUUCCACCUAAGGUUCCCCAGAGGACAACAUCCAAAAUUUUCACCUCCCAUCAGAGGUCUGCAUCAAGCUGCUUUCAGUUGACAUCCCCCAGUGGAGAUGAACAAUUAGUGUCACCCCACAGCUCAGUGUCAGGUGUUUCAAAACUGGGCAGUCCCUUGCCUCAGAAUCGACUUCAGCACAGUAAACUAGUACACAACGGAUACAUGGGACCAUCAGGCAAACAACUGGGGUUAGUUUCUUCAGCUGGUGGAAAGUCUUCCUUAAGUCCUUUUGGGAAGGUGACAGAAUACUCAUCAUCCAGCGAUGAGGUUGGUAGCAGUGAUGAUGAUGACAGGAGUCAAAAAAGGACUGGGUUAAACAACCGCCUGGGAGGGUCAUCCCGUAAUCCUUCUGAGGGAGUUCUUCUGCAUCCUCAUGGCAAUUUAAAUCAUCAGCAGGUUAAAAAUAAUGAAGCAGACGCAAUGAAGCUUCAGUGGCACAGACAUCUGGAUAUGUGUAAUCAGAAUCAGCACUUACCUGACCUUCUACGGCAAAGCCAUAAUCCUGUUGCCCCAGGAUCUCCGCAGAUGUCAACGCAAGCCUUCCUGUCCUCCCCAUCAAAACCCAUCAGUUUACAUAGCCCAGUAAGCCCAGUAAGCCCCAACUCACAAGGAAAAAACAACUCCUCCUCCUCCUCUUCAUCAUUCACUUCUUUCAUUGAUUCUCGACUGAUGCACAUUUCACCACCAGUAAGCCCUGUGUCACAAAGUCCUGGGAAUCCGAAAUUGGAACCCUUCAGAAGAGAGAACGCCAGAAAAGGAUCAGUAGUAAAUGUAAAUCCAACAAAUAUCCGACCUCAAAGUGACACACCAGAAAUACGGAAAUACAAGAAGAAGUUUAACACAGAGAUUCUGUGUGCAGCUUUGUGGGGGGUGAAUCUUUUGGUGGGCACUGAGAAUGGCCUUUGGUUACUGGACCGAAGUGGACAAGGGAAGGUCUACUCCCUGAUCACCAGAAGACGCUUUCAGCAGAUGGAUGUUUUAGAAGGGCUUAAUGUUCUCAUCACAAUUUCAGGCAAAAAAAAUAAACUGAGACUGUAUUAUCUAUCAUGGCUUCGUAACAAGAUCCUACAUAAUGACCCUGAUGUGGAAAAGAGGCAAGGCUGGAUUUCAGUAGGAGACCUGGAAGGUUGUGUUCAUUAUAAAGUUGUGAAAUAUGAAAGAAUUAAAUUUCUGGUCAUUGCCCUGAAGAGCUCUGUUGAGGUGUAUGCAUGGGCUCCCAAACCCUAUCACAAGUUCAUGGCUUUUAAGUCCUUCAGUGGUGUACCUCAUAAGCCAUUGUCUGUAGACCUCACUGUUGAAGAGGGUCAGAGACUAAAGGUCAUUUACAGCUCAGUAAUUGGGUUUCAUGCCAUUGAUGUUGAUUCUGGGACAGUUUAUGACCUCUACCUUCCAACAUAUAUUCAAGGUAACAUCCAUUCUCAUGCAAUCAUUAUUCUUCCCAAUACCGAUGGCAUGGAGUUGCUGGUCUGCUAUGAAGAUGAAGGAAUCUACAUUGACACUUACGGACGGAUCACAAAAGAAAAUGUCCUACAGUGGGGCGAGAUGCCUGCCUCUGUUGCAUAUCUUCAAUCUAACCAAGUGAUGGGAUGGGGAGACAAAGCCAUUGAACUAAGAUCUGCAGAGACUGGCAACCUGGAAGGAGUUUUUAUGCACAAAAAAGCACAGAAGUUAAAGUUCCUUUGUGAACGAAAUGAUAAGGUCUUUUUUGCCUCAGUGCAGUCUGGUGGCAGCAGCCAAAUUUACUUCAUGACUCUAAGGCAAAAUAUGCUGUUUAACUGGUAAAUGUGGCGCACCUUGACCAACUUUAAUACAAUUAGCAAUACCAACUAAAUGACCCGUUUCCGGAGCAAGUAACUGUUGGUAUCAGACGCUAGCACCUUUUGGGAUUAUAUGCUCACUUCCUUGUUUGUGCAUACAGCAAGCAUUAUUAAAUGGGCUGAUUUGCUCAGGGUUCUUGUAAUUAAGAUAGAGUGCAAUCAAAGUAUGAACUGAUACUCCAUACCAAAUCUACAAGCAGAAUUCACAGAUAGCAUUAUUUCAAAAGUAUUAGAAAACUAUUUAGGGGUGCCGCUGCAGAUUAGAAAUGCAAGUCUGUCAGCAGCAUCCAAAAACAUUACUCUUAGCAGUGAUCUAGCUAGCUAAACUUUAUAAUUAAACAAAUUAAUAAUUGUAUUGAAUAUCUGUACAUCAGUGAACAUUACAUCAGAACAUAUAGCAAAUGAGGAUCGCUUUAGAGUGGGUCUCCAUCUUUUGUAUGGGUCUCAGCUGAUUAACAUAAAUAUUUCUGCCAGAGGGCAUCAAGGAUGAACAAUCUAAAUAAAUGCUGCUUUGUGAAUCAGAUUGAGAUUUUAAGGAGACUGUAACUUUUUUCAUUAUAUCAGCCAAAGAAAUGUUUACCGGCUUUUAGACUAGAACUUCAAUUGAUCUGUUUUCAUUUUUGAUAUGGAGGAUCACAUAAAUAUAUGCCAGCUAGCUGUACAGGUAUUCCCUUAGCCAUAUUUCUCAUUGGGGAAUGAUGGUGUGAUGCUUCCUCUAUAGAUGUAUCUGACUGGAAAGCAGUAAGACAUAUGCUUUGUACUGGUGAUUCUGUGUCUGGUGGAACACUGAAAAACUGGGCUUUCUGGUAUUUCUUUUGAUUUUCUUUGGUUAUUACCAGAAAGCGUACAGAUUUUUUUUUUUCUUUUGGAUUGAUCACUGAAAGAAUCCUGCUGCUCCUCUUCCUUUUUUCAGAUUUCUGUUUUAUCCAGUUGACCACAUGAGCCCUCUUUUGAGCACUUCUGUUAUCUGACUGUAACAUCUACUCUGCACAUGAUUCCAAUUAGCAUUUUUAAUUGUUUUAUUAUUCCCUGGAACACAAUACUGAUCCAGAUUCUUUGCUAUUUUUUUUUUGUUUUGUUUUUGCUUAGUAAAUUGUUACAACUUGUUUGACUGGACCUAUAACUGAGAUUGCACUGUGGUCAUAUAUCCUGUGCUGAAAGUUAAUUUAUUUUUUUUUUACAUACCCUUCCUGUAAUUGAUUAUAAUGUUUAUGAAUGAUAUGCAAAUAAAUUCCACUGCAAGUGUACCAUUCGACAGGUAGGAACAGCGGUGAUGAGGCACCGUGAUGGCGUAACCCGUACAAUCCGUGGUUAACCAAGUGUGGAUUUUUUUCCCCCCAAGGUUUCAGUGAUAUGUUUAUUUGUGUAAAGCAUAUUAGGAUGGUAUUCUUUAUGAAAGGUGCUAAAUAAAUUAUUCUACUUUUUAUUUUCUACUUGAAGUUUGGUUUUGGAUACAGUAAAUCCAUAAACAAUUAAAGAAUAUGUUAAUUUGGUGAAGAGCUCCGUAAAGUUAGGAGGCAUUGUCCAAAUGUGAAACUUGUUGAAACACAAUUCAGUAGCCAGAGUUUCACUAUGAACAAGUCUGAGGAAACCAUGAUACAAUUUGAAUUUUGUAAUUUUUAGCAUUAUGUUGAAAUAAUUUUGCAUUUAUAACACACAUAUUCUUUAUUAUUAAAUUAAAGGAUAGUAUGCGAAAAUGUCUAACGAUUUAAAAAAAUGUAGCUUUUGUGUAUAUUUAUUCACUGCACACACAGUGACAGGGAUUUGCACAGAGCUACAUAAGAUGACAGUCUUUCAACCCCUUGAUUUUAGUUGUUUUAUUUCUGAAUAGGCAAAGUAGAAUAUAUCACUGCUGACACUAAGCUUGUUUUUAUUUGAGGUAUGUUGUCUUAUUGUGAAGGAGGUCGAGUGUAGAGCAUCCAACCCCUCUGUACUGUAACAAUCGUUUUUGCUGCAUGACUGAAAAUGUACCUCGUACCUUAAAUGCAGUGUUGUGUAAAUCGGCUUACAGUUAUCUUUACUUGUUCCAGCUAGGAGUGCUUCCUUAUAAAAUGUUGUUCUUUAUUUUUUACUUGUAAUGUAGAGACAAAAAGUAACAUCACAGUGGAUCUGUUUGUAUUGUUUUAUGGUUAAUUUAAACACGACAACUUGACGGCAUACCUGUGGGACUGGGCAACUAUCAAGUGAAAGCAGAAAGACGCGCGUUUAAUCCUAACUGUCUCAUCACGGGUCAUAGUAGGCACUGCUACUGCAUGUUUUUGACAAGAUGGAAUACAGAUUUUAAAAACAAGACAGCUUUUACUAGCAAUCCACUGAUAAUAGUAACUGCACAAACAAAAAGUGUUAUGUUAGUAGGUCAAGAGGGAGGCCAUUACGUUUGGCAUUUUUUAAAUUAAGGAAAAGAAGACUGUAUUAUAUGUUAGAGAGAGUUGGGAAGUUGUGUAAGGGUUAAGGGUACGAGUCAGCGUUAAGUAGGACAAGGAUUGUAUUUUACUGUUCUGUUGUAAGAAGAUGGACAAGAAGAAUGUUGCAUUGUAAAGAGAGUGAAAGGACGACAGGAAUAUUCAUAUAGUGCACCAUUUUGAAACAUUUUAACAUAAUGCAUUAAAACUUCUAUCAAAGGGCGACUUAAAUCCAAGGGAUUGUUCACACAAUGGCUAGACAGUAACGUUCUUUCUAUAGAAAUGUUAUUUCCACCCAAAGCUUUGUAAGAUUUCUGCAAAUAGGUUUACACAAUAUUUAAAAUGAAAACCGUGAACAUUCCACAACACAAGCCUUUUUUUUAAAUAUACCAUUCUUAGUUGAUUUAUUU